AUGUCUUUGGAUAUCCAAACCACCAACCCCGCCUGGUCGCUGAUAACGCCCUUGGUUUGGUCUUUGGUCGCCGUCGCAGCACCGGCCUUUUUGGUUUUAGCAGUAGCCUUGUACAGGCUCUUUUUUCACCCACUAGCACACGUUCCAGGGCCUCGCCUUGCUGCCUUGUCCAAUGUAUGGUAUGGCCGUCAGGUUUGCAGCGGGCGCAUGCUCCAGCUAGGAAAAAUCUUGCAUCGCCAGUAUGGACCUGUUGUGCGUGUAGGCCCUAACGAGGUCUGGCUUAAUUCGGAGGAAGGGUUUAAGCAGGUUUACAUAUCUACGGCUCUCCAAAAGCCAAAAGUAGACUGGCGACUGCAACCGCACUUCCCAGAUACCCUAGACCUCUUGUCGGAAAGAGACAUGCGCCGAUAUCGUCUACAAAGACGUCUGAUCGGCCAGGUCUACCAACCCGCAAACCUCCGCAAGUUUGAGUCGGUAAUCGAAGAUGUGCUCGACCAGGUUGUCGCUCAAAUCCGUACUUUGGGUGGUGCCGAGGUUGACCUCAAGGAAUGGAUGCACAUAAUCACGGUCGAAUGUCUUGGGGCUAUUGUCCUUUCAUGGUCUCCAGGGUACCUUCGGGCAAAGUCAGACUUUGGUUCUGGGAGCUUUAGCUACCUCGGCUGGAAGCGCAAAACAGUUCUUGGGCUUUUCCCACUUGCAACAGUUAUUGGGGUGUUAUCUAGGUCUUUUGAAAGACAAUUUGCAAAUAUAUGGGGCCUUACGUUCAAGGCACCCAAGACCCUGAAACACUUCUUCCCAGCAGUACAUCGUAAAGUCAAGCCUCGCCUUGUAAACAUGUCUCGGGAAAAGCCCCGCAAAGACGCCCGCAAGGACCUGAUGGCCGACCUGGUGCAGCUACACAAGGAAAGGCCCGAAUUCAACAGCACAUAUCUCCAUCGAAUGGCUAUUACGAAUUUCGGCGCAGGCCAUGAGACAACAACCUCGGCAUUGACGUCUGUGAUGGCCAUGCUCGGCACCCACCGUGAUGUUCAAGCUCAAGUAGCCGCUGAGUUGAUCAAAUCAAGAGACACAGAACAAGACAUGGGUGCCAAGGAUAGCAGCUCGCGAAUGCCACUUACUCUGGCAGCCAUCAAAGAAGCCCAGCGUUUAUAUCCCGUAAUUGGUAUGGCGCUCCCUCGACGGGUCCCUGAAGGCGGAGUGCGUAUCGGAGAUGACUUUCUCCCAGCAGGCACAACUGUCGGGUGCAACCCCGUAUCUCUACACCGUAACAAAGACAUGUUUGGGUCUGAUGCCGAUCUCUACCGCCCGGAGCGAUGGCUUACUGACAAUAAAAGAGCAAAGACCAUGGAGCGAUACAACUUGACGUGGGGUGGGGGUGCCCGCACAUGUCCGGGCAAGAACCUCGCGGAGAUAAUACUAAACAAGACGAUUUCGAGGCUGAUACAUGACUUUGAAGUCGUCUGCAAAGUACCUCCUGAUGAAGAGAUAUGCUACUACUUUAUGGCCAUGUUGACAGGGGUCAAGGUGAAAUUUUUGGGGAGAAAGAAAGACGCCGCAUAA